AAUAGUAUAUAUUUUUAGUAAUUAAAAAAGUAUUAAUUCUUAAUAUGGCAUCCUCAUUUAAUGAAGAAGAAGCACCUCAAAAGCUAACCGAAUUAUUUACUAUUGGGUGGAAAUUAUUUCAAAAUAUAGAAAAUAGUGAAGAAGAUACAUUAGCUUUGCAAAGUAAGAUGGAAGAAUGUAUAAAAUGCUUGGUGCGAUGUACUCAUAUGGUCAAUUUGCUGGGAAUUUUUAGUUCUAAUGAAACAAUAGAUGAAGUUUCUACAGAAAAUGUUAAAUUUUUUCUGUUACCUGCUUUUCUUGGUGAUCUUUACAUGAAAAUUGUGACAACUGAUAGAAAGACAGCAGUAAAAAGCUCUAAGGUGUACUUCCAAGACUUUUUGAAGAGGUGUCAAAAUUAUGGAGUAACAAAAAUAGACAUACGCCCAUAUUUACAAACAGAUGUUGAAGAACAAGUUAGUAAUCAAAAACAAACUCGAGAAGAAAAAAUUCAAAGAUACAAAGAAAAUGAUAGUAUAAUAAAAAAUAUCAAGUUGGUGCAAUCUCUUUUGGAAAAGUCUCCACAAGCUGUUGAUGAUGAUCAAGUGAGAAAGUUUUACAUGGAUUGGCUACAUCUAUGGAUAAACAAAGCAAUUGAAAAUAUUCCUAUGAUAAAAAGUGAAAUGUUAAUACUAAAGCAUAUGAAGCAAAUAAAGCAAGGAAAAGUAGAACCAACUCCUCCAAGAAAAGAAAGAAUGCCGAUGAAACCUAUACUUAUAACAAGAGAUAUGAUCAAGAAUAGUGUGUUGGGUUAUGGAUACAAAAAUUUACCAGAAAUGACAAUAGAAGAAUGCAUUGAAAAAGAAAUUAAAGAAGGAAAGAUACUUUUAGAAUACAAUAAAAGUAAACUAAAUCGACCAGAAAAAAAAGAUUCUGAUGAAGAAGAAGAUGAAGAAGAACUUGCUCAUAAAAGAGCAUGGGAUGAAUGGAAAGAUACUCACAGACGAGGCGAAGGAAAUAAAGAUCGACAUGGAUAGAUAUGGUGCUUCUGUUUUAACAAACAUUAAAUCUCAGCAAAUUCUUUGAUUUUGAAGAUAUUUUUAAUUAAGUAAAAAUCGGAAAUUAUUUAUUUUCAUAUAAACUGUACCGGUACUAG